CCCCCCCCCAAAAAACCCCACUUCUAACCCAAGAUCCAGUGCAAGAUUACUGGCCUGUACUCCUUCCACUAUCAGGCAGCAACACAGAGUAUGUUUCUAUCUGCAGAACGUCAUUCUUUGUAAGCUAUGGAUUAUAUUCCUCUUUCUGCCCCUCCACACCCCAUUCCAACAACAUCCCUGUGGUCCCUCAGGUAAUCCAGAAGCUACCUUAGGCCUGGAAGACCCAGUCCAGCCUCCAGAACAGAUUUUGGGGGCUGUGAGAAGAAGCCCUGUUGAGCAAAUGGACACCUUUUCUGCUCACACGGGAACAGCAUUGGAUUCAACUUGCAACCUUUAGCUUUCCAGUAAAUACCGUAUUCGUCGCUCCAAAGGACGGACCUGACCAUAGGACGCACCUAGUUUUUAGAGGAGGAAAACAAGAAAAAAAAUAUUUUGCUUUCUUUAAUUGUCCUAGCAUGGGUUCUGGCUUUUGCGCAGGCUCUGCCUCUUGGCAGGGCUCCAGCUUUUGGCCGGGCUCUGGCUCCACACAAGCUCUGGCUUUUGGAAGGGCUCUGGCUCUCGCAUUCGCUCCAUAGGACGCACGGACUUUUCCAUCUUCCUUUUUGGGAGGGAAAAAGUGUGUCUUAUGGAGCGAAAAAUACGGUAGGUCACGAACACCCCACCAUUUGUUCUUUCUGCUAUUACUCUUAAAAAUAUUUAUUUGGACUUUGUGAAGCAGUUUUUCAAGUAAAUGAAUCUUUUGAAUAACUAUUUCUGAUAUUAAUAUUGCAGCCUGAACUGUUACUUUGAUUAUCUGUUCAAAGCACUUGGGCAAAUGAAAGAGCUAUUUAUUUAUUUCAAAACUUCUUACUUUGUAAUUGUUUGUGGCUCAUGAGCUCAGUCCGAGUGGAGCUCCAGUUCACUGCUGGAGAAAAGGUUGGUGAUCUCCUUGUGCAGGUGUGUGUGCUGCUGCUGCUCCUGCUGCUGCUACAAACAUCGUAUGAACCAGGAAGCUUGCUAGUUGAUACUUGAACUUUGGCCAGAGCAAGAACUUGGCUUGAAACUUGGUUCAAAAUACACAAUACGCACAGACAUACCUGGGUGUGUUCAAGCAAAUAUGUCUUUAGAACCAGAAGUUAAGAAAGAGACGGACUCUCGCGAUGAUGAUUUGCCGGUCAAGAAGGAAAGGCAUGGAAAUGUUGCCAACCUUGUUCAGCGCAUGAGCACUUACGGGCUUCCAGCAGGAGGAUUCCUGCCCCCUUCCCAGCCUAAAAGCUUCAAGAGGAAAUCAAAAAAGCGGCAAUGUAAAGUUCUUUUUGAGUAUAUUCCUCAGAAUGAAGAUGAGUUGGAGCUCAAGAUUGGAGAUAUUAUAGAUGUUAAUGAAGAGGUGGAAGAAGGCUGGUGGAGCGGAACACUAAAUGGCAAAUUAGGACUAUUUCCUUCAAAUUUUGUAAAAGAGCUGGAGGACAUAGAUGACGGAGACACCUGCGAAGACCCGGAUGAUGCAGGUAGUGUGUCUUGUGUCUGCAGACAGUUAUAUGGUAGGAGAAGAGGCAGCAGCUCCAAUCUUCACUCGUGCAAAAUGGAGCCUGUUUUUCCCGACCCGCUCUCACCUGUAACCCCACCAGGGAAUAUUACUGAGUCUGGGCCUGCACUGAUAGCACAGCCAAAGAAAAUCCGAGGAGUUGGGUUUGGAGAUAUUUUUAAAGAAGGUUCUGUGAAGCUUAAGACAAGAUCACCCAGUAAUGAUUCAGAAGAGAAGAAGCAAGAUAAGCCAUUAUUUACUCAUCCAUCUGGACCAAAAGUAACCCAAUUUCCUGGUGCAGCAAAAACAGAAAUUGCAACUGAGGUAGCAAAAACAGAAACAGAAAGUAAACAGAAAGCUAAGGAAUAUUGCAAGACCUCGUUUGCCUAUGAAGGUACUAAUGAGGAUGAACUUAGUUUUAAAGAAGGUGAUAUUAUUCAAAUAAUAAGCAAGGAUACUGGAGAGGCUGGGUGGUGGAAAGGCGAGCUUGGUGGUAAAGAAGGAGUUUUUCCAGACAACUUUGCAGUUCAGAUUUAUGAAUCGGAUAAAGAUUUUCCUAAGCCAAAGAAGCCACCACCUCCUGCAAAAGGUCCAGGUUUAAAGCCAGAGUUUCUGAUGGCAGAGAAGAAGUUUCCUCUUCCUAAGAAUGAAGAAAAAGAUGAAAAAUCAUGUUUAGACCAGAAAAUAUCUAAACCAGCAGCUCCUCAAGUACCACCCAAAAAGCCUAUCCCGCCAAACAAGGCAAAUAAUGUGUUGAGAUCUGGAAUUUCGCAUUUAAAAUGGCCAGAUAAACCAGUUGUGCAACCUCCAAUAUCUAAGACAAAUGGGGAAGUUGUUUCCUGGCGACCAAAAUCUGAAAUUGAACCAGCAACAAAACCAAAGUUAGAUUCUGAGCAGUUACCACCGAGACCAAAAUCAGCAGAGGUCGAUUCAAUUGCAAUAACGAACGUAAAAGAGGCAGAAAUUUCAAGUUUUGAUCAUAUAAUAGCUACCUCAGAUAAUUUAUCACAUCCCACUGCAAAUAGGCCAAAGAUGCCUGGCAGGAGGCUUCCCACUCGCUUCAAUGGCACGAAUUCUGCUUCUCAGAAUUUAAGCAUAGAGAGAAGUGGGAAGGAGCAUAAAGAGGAGGAAGAAAGUGCCAAAGUAAAGCCACCCGAAGUUAAAAAGCCAUCUCUAUUUGCUCCACCACUUCUGUCUUCAUCACCAAGACCAAAUUCUUUUGUACUCAGCGCUGCUACUGGGGAAAUGAAACUUAAACAGGAAACAGAUGAAAGGGAGAAGAAGCCUUCUCUGGAAGACCUCAGGUCACAGGUUUUUGACCUGCUAGCUGUCGUAGAAACACUAAAGAAAGAACAUGGGAAGGAACUGGAAAAACUGAAAAGGGAGUUGGAGAAAGAGAAGCAGAUGCGAAGUAACCUAGAGGUGGAAAUAGAGAAGCUCAAGAAAGCUGUCAUAACAACAUGAAAGAGCCAUAGACCUUGCCAGGAUUUCAGAGUCAAAAUACAAAGGAAGCUAACUUGACUUUUCUUUUUUUACUUCAAACCAAUAAAUGGAUAGCAUUCCAUUAAAAAAAGGAAUAAAUGAAUAUAAUCUUCUAUUUAGUGAGCUAAGAGAAGAAAACAAACACUUUUUUGUUUCUUACCAAUAUAGGAGGGGCCUUAUUUCUUACUGUGCUGGAAUCGCAGACCUUUAUUUCCUUGGUUUGCUUGAAAAUACUACUGAAUCUGUAUAAAAAGAGGGGUUCUUACUAGAUUUUUUAUUGAGCAUCUAUAGUCUAAUUUUAAGAGAUCUGUACUAUAUAUAUAAGGCAGUAUAUCUUUGCAAAGAAACUCUGUAAAGGAGCCUAUAGGGAGGCACCUGGUCUGCCCUUGUACUCAUUAUAGCCACUACUUUCCCCACAAUGCUAAAGGGAAUAUGAUGUUUGUAUUUUUUUAAUUAUUAUUUUUUUGCAUUUCUACCCAGGGCUACACUGUUGUGCCUGUCUGCAGUGAGAGUAUUAAUAAUAUGCUAUUUUAUAGUUCAGGAUGAUGCUGGGAGUUUGUUCUUGCUAUGGAGCAGAAAAGUCACAACUGUACAGUACAACGUAUUAAGAUUUUUGACUGAGAAGAAUAUUCUGUCACUUGCACUAUAGGAGUCAUGAAAGGGACUUAGGGUUGGACCACACACAAACACCCACACCCAGGCCAAUGCUUAAGGUUGAAAUGGUCUUGUAAUUCACCCCGUUGUGCCUAAAUAUUGCAGCACAUGGCAUGCUAUGCAAUUCUUUGCUUUCAUAAAUUUUGUUCUAGCACUACAGUAUCUUACAGCUUCAUAAAGAUUUUCAGCACUAAUCAUAUUAGCAUUAUUAAAAUCUUCAUGUGACAGUGAAGUGUUUAGAGCUGCCCACCUGUUGACGACCUGCAAUCUUGACGGGGCUGCUGUUACGACACUAAGACACAAGAGGAUUCUUAGAGACUGGAUUCUUGUGUACAUCAUAGUACUACAAUGUGCUCCUGAAAUUAAAGGAGUUGAUUUUGUUUGGUAGAAAUGACUUCUUUUUGGAGUAAUUUUGCCCCUUCCCAUUUCUUCCUACAAAGGAGAAAAACUAAAAAUGCUCCAUGUCGCAUUCAAGCCAAGGCUAAAAAUACAAACCCUUUUCUGUCUCUUGUUUCUCCUUCAUUUCUUUUCUAAAACAGUAUAAAAAGGCAAUAUUUCCAGAGUGGUUUUUAGUUAACCAAAUUAAAAUAAUGUGAAAUCUUAACUUUUCCCGUGUCAGUAGUUUUCAUGUUCGUCUGCUCUCCUUUAAUAAAACAAAACUUGGAUGGCAUAAGUAUUUUGUCAUAGUUGUAUAAGAAUACAAACAAUUAUUAAUUGUUAGCAAGUGCAGAAAUUUGAAUUUCUAAUGGCAGGUAGCAUAGCUGCCAAGUUCUCCCUUUUUUAAGGGAAAUUCCCUUUUGCUGAAUUGGCUUCCUCGCGAGAAAAGGGAAAACUUGGCAGCUAUGGCAGGUAUAUCAGUUGUGAAUUAGUGAAUUAAAAUGUAGGGACAGAAAUGGGUGUAUAAAAACAAGAUGCCUGCUUGGUGCUUAACUAAUGACAAACAUCUAAUGAAUCAGUUGCUAAUGAUUGUUUUUUGUUGCCAAUUUUCACACUUGUUACCUUACUAGUCUAGUGCAGCCUUUCUUAACCUUGAGUUCCCAAAUAUUGUCAGACUCGCAUCUUCCCUGACUGCUGCUGGCUAUGGAUUAUGGCAGUUGUAGUCCAACAACAUCAUGGUUAAGAAAGGCAGAUCUAGUAAAUCUAAUCUGAUACUAAUUCAUCAUUUUUGUUGGUCAACAAAUUUUGUCUUGUCUUACUAGCCAGACCCAUGACUUGUGUCCUUCCACUGAGUCUCAUGGCAGGUGCAGAGGGCGUGGGGAGGAGGGUAUCUGCCCCUGAGGUUUCCACAGAAGGUUCAAGCAGCACCUUCCUGCCAUUGCCUCCUGCAGAAACUCAAGGAAAAGCGGGGGAGAGAGGUGCCCUGCCAUCCUGCAAGUUGUGCUUUUGCUGCAGCCUUUAAAAGCCCAAAGGGGGAGCAAAAAGCCGUCUCUCCCACCGCCCUAGUUCAUGUAAAAAAGAAGGGCCAUUUCUUUCCUUUCCAUUGGGAUUUUUGCAGGAGGACUUUGCUGCUGGAGCUUUCUACAAAAGCGCAGUUUGCAGGACUGAAACUGCCACUCCUUCCUUCUCUAGUCUCCAUGAAGGAAAAGGCAGGUGAUUUUGUUCGCACUGCAAGUUGGGCUUUUUUAGAAACACCAGCCCCACACUCCUGCUGUCUCCUGUAAAACAGCAGCUGUUUCCCUUUACCAUAAUAAAGGCUUUUCAAGAUUUUUUAGGAGUAGCAUUUCUUUACUGCCUCUACAAAAAAAAAAAAAACCCCC